GGCUUCUCCAACCCUGGGGCCGGCUGGGGUACCGUCUGGGCAAGGGGCUGGGCGCUGGACCGAGUCGCCUGACCCCUCCCCCACUCCUCUGCCGAGUUCCGCGGGCUGGACGCGCUGGAGAAGUUGAGCAGCGCCCGGGCCAGCCCUGGGGGCUGACAGUCGGUAAAGUUUGGCCCAAAGAGGAAGUGGCCUCAAGCCCCGGCAGGUGGCGGCCAGGCCUGGACCUGAGCGCUCGAGGCCUGCGGGCGGGCUCUAGGCGAGGGCGCGCCCCAGCGUCAGGCUUCGAGCCGAUUUCCGGGGCUUCGGGGACUGGCCGAAGGAAGCGGCGGCGGCCGGGGAAAACAACUCAGAAGUUGGCUAGAGGCACCGCCCCUGCACCCGGGCCGCUGCCGCCCCCGACCCGUCCCCAGCCCUGGCAUCUAGAGCAUCGGUCGGGGAGCCUGGGCCAUGGAGCCCCCUCGGGGAGGCGGCACCGGGGAGCCAGGACGCCCGGAGCGGCGCCGCCUCCCCACUGAAUAAACGACGGAAGCUCCGGGACUGUUCCCGCACCUCCGGACGGCUCAGGAUGCUGCCGGCCAUCCUUCUCCUCUUCCUGGGAGGCACUGUGGCCCACCCAGAUAGGAUCAUUUUCCCGAAUCCUGCCUGUGAGGACCCACCAGCGGUGCUCUUGGAAGUGCAAGGCACCUUACAGAGGCCUGUGGGCCGGGACAGCCGCAGCUCCCCUGCCAACUGUACCUGGCUCAUCCUGGGCAGGAAGGAGCAGACGGUAACGGUUAGGUUCCAAAAACUGCAUCUGGCCUGUGGCUCAGAGCGCUUAACCCUGCGCUCCCCCAUCCAGCCGCAGAUCUCCCUGUGUGAGGCACCUGCCAGCCCUCUGCAACUGCCUGGAGGCAACGUCACCAUCACCUACAGCUAUGUCGGGGCCAGAGCUCCCAUGGGCCAGGGCUUCCUGCUCUCUUACAGCCAAGAUUGGCUGAUGUGCCUGCAGGAGGAGUUCCAGUGCCUGAACCACCGCUGCGUGCCCCUGUUCCAGCGCUGUGAUGGGGUCGACGCCUGUGGCGACGGCUCUGAUGAGGCAGGUUGCAGCUCAGACCCAUUCCCUGACUUGGACCUAGCCCCUGUCCUCACCCCACCCUGCAAUCACACCUUAGAAGACUUCUAUGGGGUCUUCUCCUCCCUCGGAUACUCACACCUGGCCUCAGUCUCCCAGCCCCAGUCUUGCCGCUGGCUGCUGGACCCACGCGAUGGCCGGCGCCUGGCAGUGCGCUUCACGGCCCUGGAUCUAGGCUACGAGGAUGCAGUGCGUGUAUAUGACGGCGCGGGGCCCCUCGAGACCCUCCGGCUGCUGCGAAGCCUCACCCACUUCAGUAAUGGCAAGGCUGUCACUGUGGAGACGCUGUCUGGCCAGGCCACAGUGGACUACCGCACAGUCCCUUGGAGCACUGGUCGGGGCUUCAAUGCCACCUACCACGUGCGGGGCUACUGCUUGCCUUGGGACCGACCGUGCGGCUUAAGCUCUGGCUUGGGGGCUAGCGAAGGCCUCGGCGAGCGCUGCUACAGCGAGGCACAGCGCUGCGACGGCUCAUGGGACUGUGCGGAUGGCACGGACGAGGAGAACUGCCCCAGCUGCCCACCUGGACACUACCCCUGUGGGGCUGCUGGCACCCCUGGGGCCACAGCCUGCUACCUGCCCGCUGACCGCUGUAACUACCAGACCUUCUGCGCCGAUGGAGCAGAUGAGAGACGCUGUCGCCACUGCCAGCCGGGCAACUUCCGGUGCCGGGAUGAGAAGUGCGUGUAUGAGACGUGGGUGUGCGACGGGCAGCCGGACUGUGCUGAUGGCAGUGACGAGUGGGACUGCUCCUACGCCCUGCCCCGCAAGGUCAUUACCGCCGCCGUCAUUGGCAGCCUCGUGUGCGGCUUGCUGCUGGUCAUCGCCCUGGGCUGCACCUGCAAGCUCUAUGCCAUUCGCACCCAGGAGUACAGCAUCUUCGCCCCCCUCUCCCGGAUGGAGGCCGAGAUUGUACAGCAGCAGGCACCUCCCUCCUAUGGGCAGCUCAUUGCCCAGGGCGCCAUCCCCCCUGUAGAGGACUUCCCUACAGAGAACCCUAAUGAUAACUCUGUUCUGGGCAAUCUGCGUUCUCUGCUACAGAUCCUGCGCCAGGACAUGACUCCAGGGAGCACCUCCGGUGCCCGCCGCCGCCAGCGGGGCCGCUCUAUGCGCCGCCUGGUGCGCCGUCUUCGCCGCUGGGGCUUGCUUCCCCGAACCAACCCCCCAGCCCGGACCCCUGAAACCAGAUCCCAGGUCACACCGUCUGCUGCUCCUCCUGAGCCCUUAGAUGGCAGCACAGGUCCAGCCCAUGAGGGCGGGGCAGUGGGUGGGCAAGAUGGGGAACAGGCACCUCCGCUGCCUGUCAAGGCUCCACUGCCACCUUCCAGCACAUCCCCAGCCUUCCCUACUGUUCCUGAAGCCCCAGGGCCACUGCCUGCGGUGCCCUUGGAGCCAUCACUGCUGUCUGGAGUGGUACAGGCCCUGCGAGGCCGCCUUCUGCCCAGCCUGCGGCCCCCUGGACCAACCCGGGCGCCACCUGGGCCCCACACAACAGUCCUGUCCCCAGAGGAUGAGGACGAUGUGCUGCUGGUGCCAUUGGCUGAACCUGGGGUCUGGGUGGUCGAAGCGGAGGAUGAGCCACUGCUGGCCUGAGGUGACCUAGCUCCCUUGGGCACUCUGUUCACAGAGACAGCAACCCUAUAGAGGGCAGCUCAGCUUCCCAUCCACUACUUCCCUCCCUGUCCCUCAGUCUGAGGGGACUUGAUGGGCCUCCCGUUGAUCCCAGGUAGCUUCUAUCAAGUUAGGUGUCCCUCAGACAGGGAGAGGGCCCUCACAGAGCCCCUCUCCACAUGGCCAGAGGCCACAGUCUACCACCACCCUCUCCCCACACUGCCACCAGUUAGUGGCUGUUUUUAAAAAGUAAAGUUCUUAAAGGGUCAUGGGCCUGGACACUCCAUCCUUGCCAAACCCACCCAAAAGUGGCCUUAUGCACCAGAAUGCCAACUGGCUGGAGACCUCCAGCCCCCAAGGGAGGAUUUGGGCAGGGCCUGAGGUUUUGCCAACAGUGAUCCCUCCUACAAGGCCUGGCUCAUAAGAAGAGCACAACAAAUGCUCCUGUCCCAUAGCUAGGUUGUUGCCCAGGAAGCCAAGGUUGAAAAUAAAGGAAUCAGAAACUUCA